AUGUCCCGUCCACAAGUCUCUGUUGUCUCCGCCAAGGGCGAGAAGACCUCCGCUCAGUUGCCUCUCCCAGCUGUUUUCAACGCUCCAGUCAGAGCUGACAUUGUCCACUCCGUUUUCGUCAGAGUGAACAAGAACAAGAGACAGGCUUACGCCGUCUCCGAGAAGGCUGGCCACCAGACCUCCGCUGAGUCCUGGGGUACCGGUAGAGCUGUUGCCAGAAUUCCAAGAGUUGGUGGUUCUGGUACUCACCGUUCCGGUCAGGGUGCUUUCGGUAACAUGUGUAGAGGCGGUCGUAUGUUCGCUCCUACCAAGACCUGGAGAAGAUGGCACGUCAAGGUUAACCAGAACGAGAAGCGUUACGCCACUGCCUCUGCCAUUGCUGCCUCCGCUGUCACCUCUUUGGUUUUGGCCAGAGGUCACAGAGUCGAGCAGGUUGAGGAGUUGCCUCUCGUUGUCUCCAACGACUUGGAGUCCGUCACCAAGACCAAGGACGCUGUCGCUGUCUUGAAGGCUGUCGGUGCCCACAAGGACAUUGUCAGAGUUAUCAAGUCCAAGAAGUUGAGAGCUGGUAAGGGUAAGUUGAGAAACAGAAGAUGGGUCCAGAAGAGAGGUCCAUUGGUUGUUUACGCCAACGACAACGGUCUCACCAAGGCCUUGAGAAACAUCCCAGGUGUCGACCUUGCCCACGUUUCCCGUUUGGGUUUGUUGCAGUUGGCUCCAGGUGCCCACUUGGGUAGAUUCGUUAUCUGGACCCAGGCUGCUUUCGAGUCCUUGGACUCCGUCUACGGUUCCGAGAACACCAAGUCUGCCAAGUCCGGUUACGCUUUGCCAGCUAACGUUGUGUCUAACUCCGACUACAAGUCUUUGAUCAACUCUGCUGAGAUCCAGGCCGUUGUCAGACCAGCCCAGGAGGGUUUCACCAAGAGACCACUCACCCAGAAGAAGAACCCAUUGAAGAACAAGCAGGUGUUGUUGAGAUUGAACCCUUACGCCAGAGCUUACUCCGAGAAGAAGUUGGGAUCUGUCAAGGUUGAGAAGAAGAAGGCCAAGCCUUCUAAGGGUCAGUUCACCCACUUGUUGAAGCAGUAA